GCAGAUUGUGUUGUGAAGUUUGUGAAUGUUUUGUUUUGUUGGUGGUUAAUUCAUUACCAUGGAGUGCACACAGCGGCUAGAAAGCACUCAGGAAUAUUAUAGAACAGACAAACAGUGCCCCGAACAGAUUGGGUUCUUAGGAAUAUGUGGAGUCAAGCAUCCAGUGAAAAAAGGGCCAAACAAGAUUGGAAGAGAUCCACAAACAUGCAGUAUUGUUUUAAAUUUAAAUUCUGUUUCAAGACAACAUGCUGUAAUAAAUAUAUUAAACCAAAGAGAAUUCAUGCUGAUGGAUUUAGAUUCAGCUAACAAAACAAAACUAAUGGAUAAAGUCUUGCAACCAUAUGUACCACAACCUCUCAAGGACGGUGAUAUGGUCCAGUUUGGAGAUAUAUUUGGUGUCUUUAGGCUUCUUGAAGAAAAUGAUGAUUUACCAAUGACACAAGCUAUUGAUAUCCCAGAGACCCCAAUCUCUACUAGGCAUAUAUCAAAAUUCAACAAAGCACCAACUACUACUGUACCUGAGUCACCUGAUGUGAGCGACAGGGAUGAUUCAUUUAUUGCACCUUCCCAAGCAAAGACAGGGCAAUAUUUAAAAAAAUCCAAUAGCCAUUUCAUAAAACCUUCAUUAAAUGUAAUAUCUAUACAACCUAUUGGAUCUAAAAAUAUUGAUAAUGUUUACUGGAGUUCUGGGAAACAUUCAUUAUCACUAAAUUCUUCAUUAGAUGAGUCAAAUGAUAAAUUUAAUAUUUCCAAUAAACAUGUUGACAAUAGUAUACAUGAGAUGGAAACACAAAGUCCAUUUUCAGUUGUUCAAGUUGAUGUUCCAAAUAAAAAUAUACACGAAAUGGAAACACAGCUUCCAUUUGCAAAUGACAAAUCCCCAAAACAAAAGAGAAAUAACAUUAAUGAAGAAAAUAAUAUACAUGAAAUGGAAACUCAAAUGCCAUAUGUAAAUGACAGAUCACCAUUACGUAAUAGAAAUAAUAUGAAGGAAGAAAACAGACAUGAUAAUAUACAUGAAUUGGAAACACAGAUACCAUAUGUAAACAACCAAUCACCAAAUAAAUAUGAUAAUAUACAUGAAAUGCAAACACAAAUACCAUUUGCAAAUGAUAAUGUUGUUAAUCAAAAUAAAAAUAACAUUCAUGAAAUGGCAACUCAACUUUUGACAUCAAAAGAAGUUAAUGACAGUGUAGAUUCUAUUUAUACAGCUCAAACACAAAAGCCACAUUCUCCUAUUCGUGACAUAGCCAGGCAAUUACCCAUACUAGGCAAAGAAGAGUUACCUGAGGUUUGUAAAAUAGAUAAACAGCAUGAGAUGAAGUUUGAUCUAUUCACAGCAAAUAAAGAAAAUGAAGAUGAUAUAUUUACAGCGGAAACACAGCCAUUUAUUGAUCCACAAGAAAUAACAAAGUACCAUACAGGAGAGUUGAAUUGUGUUAAAGAUUCAAAAAAUCAAGUGCUGGAUAUAUCCAAGUCUGACGACGAUAUUGUAUUAGAAGAAAUGGAUGCUGAAUAUUGUGAGGAUGAUUUCCAAUCUCAGCCCUUAUUUCCAUUAGACGAUAUCCUAGAAAAUAAUGAUACCAAUAAAGUAUUGUCAAAAGACCCACAGUUACUUGACCAAACAGAUCAACUAAAUAAAAAUAAAAAAAUAGCAGCAGACAUUCAUUCGGACAGUUCAGCAGAUUGUGAAGAUAUAAUUAACGCGCCUACACAAAAAAUUGCUAUUGAUGAAGAUGACGAUCUAACUGACUGUGAAGAUACAUUAGAAGAUAUACCUAAAAAUACUACAGAACGCAAAUCUGAAGUUACCAGUGGUCAAAAUGUCAACUUCGAAGAUUUGCUUACUCAAAAAAUUGACGAUGAUAUUGAUGAUUGUCCAACUCAAAUAAUUACAGCAGUUAAUGAGGAAAAUAAAGAGCGUCAUAAUUCCAAUAAGGAUGUAUGCUUUGAAGAUAUGCCAACACAGAUUAUUAGUGAAGAAGAUGUGAACAGUACAAUACAACAGAGAAGUAACGAUGCAAGCGCACCCAACGUCAUUAAUAAAAAUAAUUUUGAAAGUCCUUUUAAAAUACCUUUAAUAUCACCUAUAAAAGUCAAAAGGAAAGAAAUUAAAUUAACUCUAGUUAAAGAGAACUUGACUCCAAAAAAAAUAGUACCAGAACACCAUAAUGAUAAUGAUGAAAAUUAUUACGCAGCAACACAAGAUAUCUUGGAAGAUUUAUGUAGCCAACAAGGUCAAUCUCCACAAGCUGCGCCCAUAAAAGCUAAUAGUGGUGAUAAAAUUAGCAUGGAAUCAGAUGAUGAAUUAGUGCCUUGUUCAGUUGAGGAAUAUAAAACAGGCAAUAAAUUUCCACAUCUUGAUAACGAUUUCAAAUCCUCUAAAUCUACAGACAGCACUGAUGAAGAAGAAAUUAGCUUAAUGCCAAAUCUGUCAAGUCAACAAAUCAGAGAAGUGAUAGGAGUUAGUCCCCAAGUGGACAAACUUAAAAAAGUACCUAGUGAACCCUCUGAUGUAGAGGUAACUCCAAAAAAAGUACGAAGUUUAAAGUUUAUGGAUGUCGAGUUACCAGACAGUCAAGAAAUUAAAACUACUGUGUCACUUCACCACAAAAUUUCUGUCACAGAAUCGUCUAGUGAAUCUGAAACGGAAAACGACUCACAGGAACAAUGCACACCAAUCUUAUUCCGAAAAAAGAGAAAGCCAAAAAAAGAUGCCAAAGUAGAUUUAACAAAGAAAUUUGAUGUUGCUUCUUUGCCUACUCGGAUCAUAACACGCGUUCGGAAACCAACCGUUAAAUUACAAAAUAAUGAAAUUGAAUCUACUAAAACGACGAAUAUAUUAAAGCCAAAAUUCAUUACUGAACAAGAAGAUGAAAUUGACAAAGAUAUUAUACACGAGAAUAUAUCUAGAUUAAAAAAUAAAAGUGAGAAGUCUAAACGCAAUAAAGAUCAAAAUAAUAAAAAACUAAGCAAUGUAAAAGAUAAUAAGAAACAGAAAGAAAAUCAGAAACAAUUAGACAUACCUAAUAAUGGCAUAGAACAUAAAAUAGAAUAUUGUAUCAAUAUUAAAGACAGUAAAGAAUGUGUCAAAAUAGAUUCAAUUAUAAACGAAAGGACAGAAAACAAAGUUUUAGCUACGAGAUAUAAAAGUGAUAAUAGCUCAAAAUCAGAGCCUAAAUUAAAAUCUGAUUCUGAAACAUCUGCUCUUAAGACUACAUUUUCUGACAAAGAUAAAAAAGAUGAUAUAUGCAAAAAUACUAGUACCGAGACCAAUGUAAGUACAAGAAGUAAGCGUAGUACAAGAAAUAGAAAAAAAGUUGAUACAGUAAAGGAUAUUUUACAAGUAGAUGAAAAUGAAGAUAGUAAGAAGACGCGUAGAAAUAAAUCGUCUCGGCAAAAGCAGCCGCCUAAAAAACCAGUCGAAAUUGAUUUGACAGAAGAAAUUGUGACAGAAGUGCGACGAAGUAAAAGGCAAAGGUCUUCCAGAGAAAAAAAGGAUGAAAAGCCAACAGAGCAAAACAAAGCAGUUCAUAAAUCAAUUCUAAAGAAAGAUAAACCAGUUAAACACGAACAAAGCACAGUAUACAGUUUAUCUUCAGGUUCGGGUACAGAUUCUCCGUUGAGCUUAAAGAGAUCUGCCAUGAGCGAUCUUGAUCCUCCCAGUCCUAAAAGGACACGAUCUAAUGUAAGCUCGAGCGAUAUGACUUUAAGGUCAACACCAGCUAGAUUCAACAAGAAACAAUACGUCUUGUUUACGGCGUUCCCAUCCGAAGAAGUGCGAGUCAAACUGGAAAAGUUGGGCGCGGUUAUAGUGUCUGACGUGUCGGCAUGCACGGUAGUGCUAACUCUACAGAUCAAGCGCACGUUCAAACUUCUGUGCUCGGUGGGACUCGGUAAGCCCAUCGUUGGACCCAACUGGGUACAAGCCUGCGCUGAUUGCAAUAUGAUCGUCGAUCCUUGGCUUUAUGUGCUGAAAGAUGAAGCGGCUGAGAAAAGGUUCCAAUUCAAUUUAGAACGCGUUUUGUUGAGCAAACGCAAUUUCCUUAAGGGGUACAACGUGUCGUCAACGCCUAAAGUAUUGCCAAAUGCGACAGAAAUGAAAUGUGAGGCUCCUCUUCCACCCCGCCCUGAAAAGGGCAAGUUAAUGUGGAAGCCCUACCUGGUAGAACCCGCUGCGGUUCACCUCACGCGAAUGGAUGAGUCCGUAAUUGUCGAAUGUUCAGGUGGUACAUGGAAAGAAGGUGGUCCACAAUGGAUUUGUGUAUCAUGUAUUGCUGAUAAAGCACUUUGGCCCUCACUGAAGAAGAGAGGGGCGACAGUUGUAGCCCCAGAAUUUAUAUUGGGAGGAGUAUUACGGCAGCGGUUAGAUAUACAAUCAAAUAAACUGUAAAGUGUUUGAUGUCACCAAGUACAGUCGGUAUGUCUGGUUAUUCAAAUCUAUGAAAUUUCUCCACUUGAAUUUAAACCUUUAUUGUUUAACAGUAGAGUUUAAAAUUAAAUACGGAAAUUUGACAUUGAUAUAAACUAAUGUACAGCCGUGUGUACAAAUAUUUCAUGUCUAAUUGAACAUCACAGAUUAGUUUAGGUUGUUAUUAGAUAGCGUUAGUGUUCCAAAUUUGAUAAGUUUAACUUUUUCUUAACCGUCUUCGAAAUAGAAGUGUGUUUGUGUCCGGUCAUAAUUAUAAACCGUUUUUAACGUACUUUAUUAUUUAAUAUUAUUUGUUAUUCAAUUUUAUUCAACAAAUAUAGUAUACCUUCCGGGAUGAUCCCAUAAAACUUGUAUUGUGAUGUGAUCAGUAGAUUUGUUUUGAAAUCAAAAAAGUGAAAAAUAAUAUAUUCAAGAAAUAGGCAAUUUUGAAUUGACAUUGAAACUGCCCCAAUUCUUUUUAUUUAUUUAUUUUGAGCUUAUAAUGAAUUUGGUUUAUAUUGCAUCCGCAAUACCUUUGCCUCUUCUUCUCUUUUUAAUUUGGACAAGUAAGUAAACAGACAUGUUUAUUCACAAACAAAAUAAAUCAAUCAAAUUUUAACACAAGCGCCAUCUAUGGAGACAAAAAAAUGACAUGGUGCACUUUGAAAUGAAAAAUAUUGGGGUAGCGAUGGAUACAAAAAUAAAUAUAGUGCAUCAUGUCUUAAUCAUAUGUUUGCUAAGUUGUAUAUAAAUUUGUUUUGUCGUCUGUAAACUUUGUUCGACGCCUGUGUAAUAAAAAUGUGAUUAUGUGUAUAUAAAAAAAAAUAUUUGAACAAAAUAAGUGUUAUGUAUUUGGAUAUCCAAUUUAUUCCAGUACAUUCCCUGUUAUUGAUUUAAAAUAGAUUAGCUCGUCUUAUAUAGAGCUUUGUCUUUUUUUCUUUCUACACAUCAAUAACUUUUAUAAUUGAUAUAGAAAUAUAAGUAAAUUUAAAUUUUGGUAAUAUUUGAGUUUCAGAAAAAGAAUAUACAAGUAAUUAUCUACUUUCUUCAUAAAAAAGUGGAACAAAUACCUACAUUUUUAACCACUUAUUAAAUUGCUUAAAGAGCAUAUUAAAAAAUAUU